UCUCCAGCUCCAGACUCUUGGUACUGUAGGAGUCCUUCAGGCCCAGCAUGGUCUCCUCUCGCUCCCUUAGCUGGGCAUUGAGCUCUUUCAGCUGGCCUCUCAGGGCCACCAUCUCUCCAGCUCGCUGGGUGACUUCAGCCUGACUUUCCCUCAGCUGCUGCUUCAACAGGGAGAUCUCUCCCGCCUUCUGACACACCUGCCACACGAAGAACGAGUUAGUGGGUUAGUAUUUAAGUGCUAUGGUAAAUUUACUCCUAAUCCCAUUGCAUACAAGUGGGUUGCAUGUACACACAUACUUUCAGACAAAGGCCGCUUCAUGCACACCCUUGUACUCAGCGCUCCACUGCUCAGUCUACCAUGAUGUAACCCUGAUAACAUUUUCCUGAACUAGUCAAGCGCACCACCUCAUGGACUCCUAUCUCACCUCCCACUUGGUCUCCUCCAGACGAGGCAAGAUGUCAGCCUGCUCCUUCCUGUAAUCCAGACACUUUCUCUCCAGCUCCUCUCUCUGGGCCAACAGAGCUGCCAUCUCCUCCUGGAGCCUCCUCUUGUCCUGGGACAGACGGCUUAUCUGGGCCUGCAGGGCAGUCUGGGAGCGCUGAGCACGACGGGUAACCUGCAGACAAAAUCGGUCCUCUAGGUCCUGGAUGAUGUCAUCAGAUGAGGGGGAGGGGCGUAGAGGUGCUGGGGCAUCACUCAGGUGGCUCAGUCUCUGAUAGGACGAGGAGCUCUUUCCUGAGGAGGACCGGCCACUGUCUGAGGCGCUGAGCCCGUUCUGGAGGAAAGAUCCACAUGAUGAUGCGUUAAAGAUGGUUAACAGCAAAGUGCAUGAAGUGGUGGACUAAGUGAGAAUGGAUGAUGGCCUUACCUGGUAGCCAGGCUUUUCCAGCUUGUCCAGGGCUGCAGCUGCCCCAACCAUGCCCAACCUGUUGAUGUGGCUGGUAGAAGCACUGAGAGGCCCCAGGACUGCUGGGGGCCCACAACCAGACCCCGAGCCUGUAUAGGUGGGCAGGCUGGUCAGGGAGUUCCUCCCUGAGUCAGACAUCCCUCCCUGAACCACUUCAUUCCCAUUUCCCCCACCCUCACUUCUGCUGACCCUCACUGGGCUGUCCUGGUCCAGGAGCAGGGCCUCUGGGACCUCUCCUGAUUCCCCUCCUGCUCCGUCCCUCCCUCUCCUGCCUCCUCUGCUCUCACUGAACCCUUCACUCCUUGCCUCAGUCUUGCCCUCGCUCCCAGCCCCUCCUGCCUGGCCCACCAGGUUCUGCAUGGAGUGGAAGCUCUUGGGAACCACUGGCUUGAAGGCAGAGGGACGAACGAGUCCUGAGUUGUUCUGCAUCGCCUACAAAAGAGAUGGAGGAAGGAAGGAAAGACAUGGUGAGGAAAAUGAGCACCAGUGUGCACCCUGCAGGAUGGGAGGGGAACAUCCCAGGCACAAAGCACACAUGCAGAGUAAAUCCAAAAGUCCAUGAGAAAACUUGACAGGAUGCCAGACAUUUGCUCUUUGAACCCCAGGACUCUGGACCGGUGCUUCUGUAUCAUCACAGGAGCCUCCAAGGGAUUUGGACAGGUGGUGGCACACAAAGUGUCCCACUUGCUGAAGCCCGGCUCUGUCCUCCUGCUGGUAGCUCGCUCUAAAACUCUGCUGCAAGACAUGAAGGACAAGCUGCAGAGCUUCACUGAGGAACAGCAGCUGGUGGUUCUCUACAUAGCUGUCAAUCUCAGCACGAGAGAGGGGGUGAAUGAAACAGUCAGGGUGGCAAGGCAGGAAGCUAUAAAUGAAACAGAUCAUGUGCUUCUUAUCAACAAUGCUGCCUCACUGGGUGACAUUUCCCGUGUUGUAAGUUUCACUGAUGCUGAUGAGGUGAACUCCUAUCUGUCCCUCAACAUUAGCUCUGCUCUGGCACUGACUGCAGGAAUCCUGCAGGUAUUUCCAUGCAGACAAGGCAUGCGAUGGAGCAUGGUAAGGCCUUUCCCUCCUGGGGUGCUGUACUGCACUGCCAAAGCAGCCAGAAAGAUGAUGUUCACGGUACUGGCUGAGGAGGACCCAAAUGUCAAAGUCCUCAGCUACUCUACCGGUCCUAUGGAAACAGAGAUGCAGAAGGACAUUCAGAUUGGCGUCAGUAAUGAUCUGUUUCCCUGCCAGGAGUCUGUGGCCAAACUGAUGAAGCUGCUCCUGGACAAUGACUUCUCCUCAGGGGCACUCCUGGACGUCUUCGAAGUGUGA